AAUGACUGACUAGAGACAGACUGACUGACUAUCCAACUGACUGGCUGACUGACUGAACAGAAAAUGAACAAAUGAAUAGAUGGACUGAUGGAUGAACAAGCUGACUACCUAAGUAUCUGAGAGACUGGCUUACUUACUGACUUAUUAACUUACUGACAGACUGACUACCAGUAAUUGACUUACUAACUGACUGACCAACCUCCUGGCUGAAUCUUGUGGACUUUCCCAUUCAUUUCUUUGCUGAACCAGGCCUACAACAGUCAAGCCUUACAUGAGUUUUGGUUUUAUUGGCAUAGCAAUCUACCAGCUUCACUAUAAUUUUAACAGUUGCAGAUUUUUCCGUUGGUAUAGGAAGAAAAAUGUUGAGACCUCUGCUCAGGAAAACUGUGCCGCUUUUGACAGGGCCGUGUCGGACAGCUGGUGUUUCAACGCUAUCGCGACCUACGAACUUUGCUGGUCAUCAUAACAACCUGACACUUGGCGCUAAGCAGAGUUCCUUCGUGAAAAUAAAUAAGUCACUGUGGCACCGUGCAUUUUCUUCCGCAGGCGGUGACUUGAGUGGAAUCUGGUACAACCAGUUUGGUUCAAAGAUGCAAAUCAUCCUUCUGGAAAACGGAGAGUUGAUAGGAUUUUACGUCAACUGUACACCUGGUUCUAAAGCUGCCAGAGAAAAAUUGACUGGUUUUGUGGGAAAAGACGAACACGCUUCUCGAUUUGGCUUUACCGUCGACUUUCAGAAUGGACGGUAUACCGCGACCUGGACCGGACGUUGCAUCAAAGAAGGAGGCGCCGAUGGUGAACAAGUUCUGUUGACUAACUGGAUUAUGACCCCCAACCCGGAAGAUGGUGCGCAACACUUGGAAUCCAUUCAUAUCGGCCAGGAUCGCUUUACAAGGAAGCCUCAGACCCCUGAGAAGUUGCCGUCUUUUGACGAUUCGCAACCGGAGUCUAAGGGCUGGAUGCUAUGCUACUAAGCGUACCCUAUUUGAGUAGUCCUUCUCACUGGAUUGUGCACUCGGGUCCUCUCGCUUAACGCAGCUCAACUCUUUACAGGGCUCCUGUCUCACAGGGCUCCUGUCUCACAGAGCUCCUGUCUCACAGGGCUCUUGUCUCACAGGGCUCGAACUGGCUAAAAUAAUACAACAGAACAGUUUCUUUAGACACGACACCCUCAGUGUUCACCACUCUUUUCGAUUUGUUGUAGUUAAUGUGGCAUGGUCCUUAAUCGCAAAUUCCUCGUUCAUCAUUUAAACUCUAGUUCUUGAAACAGUUUGGAGCAAUUCAGUGAGUGAAGUACAAAGUCAGGCAUGGGAAGCUUCAAAAGCAACAGCCAAUCCUGAAAACUGGGAAAUUACUCAGACAUUUUAACUUAAAACGCCCGUAUUAUUUGCUCAGAAAUAUACAUUGUACCUAGUUUUGAAACUAUUCUUAACGGCAUGUAUUCCA